CUGUGUAUACAGAAACCCCAGGGUGACACAGUAAUGGAGUCGGGUGAGGCCUCCUAUUGUUUACAUCACCAUGGAGACCAGAGGCAUGUCUGCCUGUUGCCUGGUAAACAAGCAGCAGAGAGACAGCCAGGCCCAUAGACUGCAAGGAGAGAGACGCUGGAGGGAUCAUGUCCUCUCAUCCUGUACACGGGCUGCCAUUCCUACCCGGGAACACCUACCGGGACCCCACCAAAUCUGCUUUCCACCGCUCUCAGACCCUGACGUAUCGUAAUGGCUACAGUCGGCCUGUGCUUCCCACCGUAGGGAUCGGUAGGGAUCCGAUCACAGUCAAUCAGUUGUCACAGGCAGAACUAGAUGAACUCGCCAACAAAAGGCCUACUCUAACCUACGGGCAGGUGAAACAAGCCCCGCCCUCCACCUUCAUCCCCUCUUAUGUGGCGUUUGACAAAAAGGUGUUAAAAUUUGAGGCCUACUUCAAAGAAGCCGUCCCCAUCUCCCAAGAUGAACACUACAGGGUGCGGAGAGUGAGUGUGUAUUACUACCUGGAAGAUGACACUAUCUCCGUGGUGGAGCCCCUGGUGGAGAAUUCUGGAAUACCGCAAGGCACAUUUAUAAAGCGUCAAAGACACCCAAAAAAUGACAACGGAGAUCAUUACCACUGGAAGGAUCUUAAUGUGGGGAUCAACAUCACCCUGUACGGCAGGACGUUCCGUAUUGUCAGCUGUGACAAAUUCACACAGGAUUUCUUAGAGAGUGAGGGAAUCGAACUGAACCUCCCAGAAGAAAUCCCCCCCGAUCCCUACACCGAGCUCCGCCGAGAGCCAAACCGCACCUACACCACCGCCUCUGACUUCGAUAAACUCAAGCAAUUCCUAACCAUGGACCGCAAGGUCCUGCGGUUUUUCUCAAUCUGGGAUGACACAGACAACAUGUUUGGAGAGACAAGACCGGUUGUUAUACACUAUUAUCUCAUGGAUGACACAGUGGAAGUCCGGGAGGUCCACGAGCGAAAUGACGGGAGGGAUCCUUUCCCCGUAUUAAUGAAGCGACAACGUUUACCGAAAUCUGUGAAGGAUCUGAAAGACACCUUUCCAAAAUGUAUCCUGGAAAUCUCUGACCAGGAGGUGACGGAGUGGUAUUCCCCCCAGGAUUUUAUUGUGGGCCAGCAUGUCAACAUUCUGGGGCGUAGGUUCUUCCUGUAUGACUGUGACGACUACACCCGGGACUUCUAUAAGGACAACCUCGGAAUCCAAGACAUGACACCCGCUGAGGUCAAGAAGCCGAAGGAAGAAGAAGUGAAGCAGGACAUCCCUCCAUACAAUGGCUAUGGUCUGCUGGAAGACUCUCUACAGAAUUGUCUCACUCUGAUCCCUAAACCGCCCAAGAAAGAUGUCAUUAAGAUGCUGGAGAACGACCACAACGUCCUGAGAUACGCAGCUACUCUGGACUCAAUGAACCCUGAAGACAAGGGGCGACGUUUCAUCUUGUCCUACUACCUGUCCGAUGAUAUGAUCAGUAUUUUUGAGCCACAAAUCCGCAACUCAGGAAUCAUCGGUGGGAAAUUCUUAGAAAAAAGCAGAGUUCCCAAACCAGGCUCCUCUAUGGACAAUCCCACCUACUACAGCCCAGCGGAAUUUACCAUUGGCGCUGUUGUUGAAGUUUUUAGGCACCGGUUCAUCAUCACAGACGCAGAUCAAUAUGUUCUAAACUAUAUCAGAGCCCACAAGCAUCAGUUUCCAUCUGACGUGUUGAGUUCAUUGGAGAAACACAACAAGCCACAAGAGAAAGCGACAGAGCUAGGCAGGAGAACAGAUGUCCCAGAGAUGAUGGAUUGAUCUCCAGGAAGAUGGAAGAAGAUUUAACCCAGAGGGAGCCCAAAAAUUUCCCAGCGGGCAGAGGAAGCCAAUGUUAUUUAUUUUACUUUCUGACUGAAAAUGGUGCAAAUAAAUUACUACAAAAUAA